AUGACUUCAAACGGCCCCACAACCGCUAAGGAUGGACUUUCAAAUGUUAAUGUAACUGCAGCUCUGGACGUUGAAGGCAAUGUUCCGCUAGAGAGCGUUCAACUAGACGGAUUGGUAGUCUUAAAAAUAAUUAAGCAUUGUCGAGAAUUUUUUCCUAAUCCAGUUACUGGACAGCUUCUUGGCCUUGAUGUAAAUGGUAUUCUGGAAGUGACUAAUUGCUUUCCUUUCCCGGGUUCAAAGCCCGACGACGAAAAUGAAAUUGUAGAUGGUGCCCGAUAUCAAGUAGAUAUGAUGCGAUGUCUCCGCGACGUUAAUGUAGAUCAUAAUACUGUUGGGUGGUAUCAAUCUACAUAUCUAGGUUCUUUCGUAACGCAUAAAUUGAUUGAGACUCAAUACAAUUAUCAACAAACAUUCAAUAAUAAAAGCGUAGUCAUUGUACAUGAUGUUUCUCGAUCAACUCAUGGAAAUCUAUCUCUUCGUGCUUUCAGAUUUACACGAGCUUUUAUGGAAGCACAGAAAGAGGGAAAGUUUACAACUGAAUCACUGAUAAAAAAUAAACUUACUUUUUCCACUAUUUUUGAAGAACUUCCGAUUACGGUUAAAAAUUCACAUUUAGUGACUGCGCUUCUCCACUCACUGGAUGAUUAUGAGCACGUUAUACCAAAAGCAUCCUCAUUAGAUAAAGAAACAGUU